AUGCACACUGUAAUUGCCUUAGGAAAAGUUGCAAUUAUGUUUUUCCCGCGAGUAUUUAGAGAAGAACUUGAUGCUAUGGAGGCCAACUAUCGAUCCAAGAUAUUAAUUUCAUCUGCUAAGUUAAAAGCCUUAGUUAAAGAUGAAUUGAAUAAUCGAAGUCAAUCAAAGUCUCUUCCGUCCAAUUAUUCUCAAUUCUCGUCUCUAUUACAUGUUAUGAUACCUACUUCAUCUUGUAAUAAACUUCUCACAGAGAACAUUUAUCAAUCGCUUUGCAACGCAGUGAGAAGUUGA